CUCCCACAUCGCCCAGCGCUCCGCAGCCUACACACUCUCACCGCUUCUGGGGAUGACGGGCCACUGUUAAGACCCUCAGGAUGUUCAGCUGGGUGGUGAAGGGGGUUCCCCAGCCUCCUGGGAAACUAGGAGAUGAGGAGAAGACCAAUGCCUCACCUGCAACAGUAAAACAAGUAACAUUCAAAGAAGAGAAGAAACAAGAACCUCUAAAACCUGCCAAGGCCAAAGAGGAGGAGGUCGCCGAGGAGAAUGGUGGUGAGGCUGGAGUGUUGACUUGGAUCACCCAUGGCUUUGCUAAUUCUCUUCCCCAGCCUGCUGGGACACCCCGGCUAGGCAGAGCCAACACUGAGCCCUCCACCACACAGGAGGAGAACAGACAGGGGUCGAGCGUCAUCGGCUGGAUUGCCCAGGGAUUGGCCAGUGUGGUUCCACAGCCUGAAUUGAAAAACAUGGAGGAGGUGGAGCCUGCAGUGACAACAGAGAUUGCAGAGGUGAUCAAGGUGCCGGAGGUUAAGAAAAAACCUAGCAUUCCAGAGGUGAGCAAGGCGCCGGAGGUUAAGAAAAAACCUAGCAUUGCAGAGGUGAGCAAGGCGCCGGAGGUUAAGAAAAAACCUAGCAUUGCAGAGGUGAGCAAGGCGCCGGAGGUUAAGAAAAAACCUAGCAUUGCAGAGGUGAGCAAUGCGCCGGAGGUUAAGAAAACACCUACCGUGCAUGCUAUCCAAGAUGUCCCAGAUGCAGAGCCUCUUCCUCAUAUUCCUGUGGUGGAGGUUAUGUCAGAUGAAGAGCCUCAAGAAGAGAAGGGAAUCCCACCCAGGGUGUAUGAGUGGAUCAAACAGGGUUUUGAGAAGGUGGUUCCACAGCCAGCUGACAACAAAGACGUCUCAGACAAGGCCGCCUGCCCACAGAAAGUGACCUCCAAAUCUCCGGAAGCUGAAGAGGAGGCCAAAGCAAAUGUGGUGGGCUGGAUUGUUCAGGGCUUCGGUCGUAUGUUACCUCAGCCUGUCCUGACUCCAAGUGGAUCGGAGAACGCUGUUCAGAACAUCCUCAUCCUGCAAGGCCAUGAAGACAUGGUUCUGGAGGAGGUGGACCCGGAUUGGGAGGAGAAGGAGAACAAAGUGGCUCAGGGAGCGGCCCUGCCUCAGGCCUUACCCUCACUCAUACCCCAGCAGGUUCUGGAAAUGCAACAAGAAGCAGAAGAUGCAGAGACACAGACAGAGAGAUGGACUCCCCUCAUAGAGAGCAUAAAGAAAGAGGCAGAGGAGGCUGCUAUGGUGAAAGUGGAGGAGAAGCUGCAGCAGCAGUUAAAAGAAGCACGGAUGGCUGAGGAGGUGGCCAGACAGGCGGCUGAGAUGGCAGUUAGACAACUAGAGGAGGAGCAGGCUGCCAGUGCCCAGAGGGCCACAGACUCACAGCAAGAGACUGAUGGAGAGCAACUGCCCAAUAUCCAGGAGGAAGAGAACGAGGAAGACCCUGAGUUGCAGAUGCUUCAGGCGGAGAGCGACGGGAGCAUGGACAUUGAGAGUCCCGAAGAGAAUAAGAUAACAGAGGACAAUAAGAUAUCUAUUCAGAUUCAUUUCAAUGAAGACAAAAGGGUUGCAUCUGAGGAGAAUAUAGUAACAGAGCAGGUUACGGUAUUUGAGAAAAUAGUUCCAAAAACUGGAGAUAAUAUGACUACACAGGAUAGUACGAUAUCUGAGACUAAAAUAAUAGAGUUUACAAUCACUGAGGAAAUGAAGAACCUUGAACAGAAUACGGCCCUAGUGGCGUGUAAGAUAUCAAAAGAGAGUCAUUUCCACGAAGACACAAAAGUUGUUCCCGAAGAGAAUAUAAUUACUGACGAUAAGAUAUCUGAGGAGACAAAAGUAACAGAGGAAAAUGAAAAUCCGGACAAGGCUAAAGUAUCUGCGGUUACAGACGCUGAGAAAGUCAAGAUCAUUGAACAGAAUAUGACCACACAAGACAAUAAGAUAUCUAAGGAGAAAAAUGUACACGAAAACAAAAAAGUUGCUGCUGAUGAGAAUGUAGUCACUGAAGAGAAUAUACCUAUGGUAACAGUCAAUGAGGUCAUCAGGAAUGUUGAACAGAAUACAACCGCAGUGGAGGAUAUAGUCAUAGGAGAGGAGAUAUCUGAGACAGAAGUAACAGAGGAAAAUAAAAGUCCUGACGAUAACAAAAUACCAGAGGUUACAGAUGAGGUUAUUGAGGUCAUUGAGGAAAUAAUUCAGAACGCUGGAGAAAAUACAACUAAACAGGAAAAUAAGAUGUCAGAGGAGACAAAAGGUACAGUGGAAUAUAAAAGACCUGACAAGAAAAAGACAAAGGUUACUGCCGUUGAGAAAAUUAAGAUUGAAGAGAGCAUCCUAACACCGGAUAUCAAGAUACCUGAGGGAAAGCAUGUAAAUAUGGACAAGACAUCUUCUGAUAGGAAUAUAGCGGUUGGAGAGAUGGCCGUUGGAGAGACGAUAUCUGCGGAGACUAAAGGAGCAGAGGAAAAUGAAAGUUCUGAGGAAAAUAAGAUUCCAACGGUUACAGACGAGAUUACCGUCGUUGAGGAAAUGAAGACUGAUGAAGGCAUUACGACCACGCAGGAUAAUAAGAUAUCUAUAGACAAUAAAAUAACAGAAGAGGUGACAGUCAUUGUGAAAAUUAAAAUGAAUGAACAGAAUACUAUGCGGGAAAUAUCCAAUGAGAAAACAAUCGAUGAAGCCAGAAAAGUUGCAGAGGAGAAAAUAGUAACUGUAGAGAAUAAGAUAUCUCGGGCGAAUAGAUGUCCUGGGAAGAAUAAGAUAGCAGAAGUUUCAGUCAUUAUUACAAUCACUGAAGACAGUCAAAUAUCAGAGGAGAAAACGGUCAACCAAGACAUAAAUGUUGCUGAGGACAAUAUUGUCGUUGAGGACCACAUUGACGCUUUGGAGCUUACAGAGGACAAUAAGAUCACUGAGUUGAAACUGCUUCACGAGAGCGACGAGAGCAUGGAGAAUAAAAGUCCAGAGAAAAAUAAAGCCAUAGAGGUUACUGUCGUUGAGAAUAUUCUGAGCGUUGAAGACAAUACUCUGAUGGAUAUUGUAGUUGCUGAAGACAAUGAGAUAUCUGAAGACAACAAAGCUAAAGCUGUGGAGCCUAAAGUGGAAAAUAAGAUCACCGAAGUGGACCUGAAAAGGUGCCUGAUGGAUGUGUGUCCAGCCGAGGGGUUGUCCGAGGUUGAGGCAGAGGCGGGGUCAGUCGAACCAAGCCCCCCAGUGUCUACCCCCAGAGAGGCCUCCCCAGAACCAGAGCCGCAAAAUAAACAGUCUCCCACAGCGACAGAGGCCCCGGCAGUGACCGAACAGCCAGAACCAGCCGACCAGAAGACUCCACCCACUGCCGCAACUCAGGAAGAGGAAAGUGCCGACGAAGCAGGGUGUGAAGGGAGCGUUGGAAAGGACAGAGGAGGGAAUGUGCUGCCAGUGGUUAAAGUGGAGGAUGUGGACAGAGACGUAGGGAUGAGAGGGGGUCGCAACAUCCCCCAGAUCAUCACCUCCCAGGAUCCCCUGUCCAUCUCUCUGACCGUGUCUCCCCCCCCCGGGACCAAGCGCAGCAAAGCUGUGGCUGCAGAUGGCUCGCUCCUCCCGGUAGAAGAGAGAAGUGCUGAAGAGGAUGAUGUUUUUGGUGUUGAUGACUUGGAGAUGCAGACCGGCCUCCUGACUGUGGAAGAUGGGGAUCGUCCAGCAUCAGCGGCCAGCUAUGGCAGUGUGAUUGUCCAAGAGAGAGUGACUACACUGGUCAAGCUGUUUAAGGCGAGGACGGUCCGCAAGAAGGAAAAACUGAUGGACCCUGACGAAUCUGAGGAAGACAGCCCUCAAACCUCCCCAGCCAAGGCGCCCCCUCCCCCUCCUCCUCCUCCCCCAGAAGAUGACAAGGACAUCUCAGCCCCAGUGGAGGAGGAAGAGGAGGAGGAGUACUGGGACUUCUAUGGAUACCCAAUCAAAAUCAUCAAACUUCCCAAAAUGCCCCCACUUCCUAGUUGGCUUCAAACCAUAGUGGACUAUCGUUUCCCUUCCAGCAUCGACCCUUAUACUGACCUAGUCUACGUGGUGUGGCUGUUCUUUGUGAUGAUGGCGUGGAACUGGAACGUGUGGCUGAUCCCGGUGCGCUGGGCCUUCCCCUACCAGACUGCAGACAACAUCUACUGGUGGCUGUUAAUGGACUACACCUGUGACCUUAUUUACAUCACCGACAUCCUGGUCUUUCAGCCCCGCCUGGAGUUUGUACGCGGAGGAGAUAUUGUGUGUGACAAAAAGGACAUGAGAGACAACUACAUGACAACAGAACGAUUCAAGAUGGAUUGUGUCAGUAUGUUCCCCAUGGAGAUAUUUUACUACUUUACUGGCGUUAACUCCCUUCUCAGAUUCCCCCGCCUACUGAAGUACAUGGCUUUCUUUGAGUUCAACGACCGUUUGGAAGCAGUCAUGAAGAAAGCCUACAUCUACAGAGUGAUCCUGACCACUUCCUACCUGUUGUAUUCUCUCCACAUCAACGCUUGUCUGUUCUAUUGGGGUUCUGACUACGAGGGGCUGGGGUCCACUAAGUGGGUCUACAAUGGCAAAGGGAACAGUUAUAUCCGGUGUUACUACUUUGCUGUAAAGACCCUGAUCACCAUCGGUGGUCUCCCGGACCCAACCACCGUGUUUGAGAUCACAUUCCAGCUCGUCAACUAUUUUGUUGGCGUCUUUGCUUUCUCCAUCAUGAUUGGUCAGAUGAGAGAUGUGGUGGGGGCUGCCACAGCGGGUCAGAACUACUACCGGGCCUGUAUGGACAACACCAUCAAGUACAUGACCUCCUACCACAUCCCCACAGAGGUCCAGAACAGAGUCAAGACCUGGUACGACUACACCUGGAAAAUACAGGGCAUGCUGGAUGAGCAGGAGCUGUUGAUCCAGCUGCCGGAUAAGAUGAGGAUGGACAUGGCUGUGGAUGUUAACUACUCCAUCGUGAGUAAAGUGGCCCUGUUCCAGGGCUGUGACAGACAGAUGAUCUUUGACAUGUUGAUGAGGCUCAAGUCUGUGGUCUACCUGCCUGGGGACUUUGUCUGUAAAAAGGGUGAGAUCGGCAGGGAGAUGUAUAUCAUCAAGCAGGGGGAGGUUCAGGUGGUGGGAGGACCUGAUUUGAAGACUGUGUUUGUGACAAUCAGGGCCGGCUCUGUGUUUGGAGAAAUCAGCUUGCUGGCAGGGGGCGGGGGGAACAGACGCACGGCCAAUGUGAUGGCUCACGGAUUCGCGAACCUCUUCAUCCUGGAUAAGAGGGACCUCUCAGACAUCCUGGUGCACUACCCCGAGUCCCAGAAACUCCUCCGCAAGAAGGCCAAGAAAAUGCUGACGAAGGAUAAGAAGCCAGAGGAAAAGGCCGAGGUGAAGGAGACUGCCGAGGUGAUCCCAGACAGGCCAGAGACCCCCAAGCUGUUCAAAGCAGCCCUGGUGAUUACAGAGCAGGCAGGCAUUAAGGGCACCUUCGCCAAGCUGAAAGAGGGCUACAAACCUGCCGAGACUGAGUCCUCUGGACUCCCCAUACCUCCUCCCUCCCCGAUGGUGCACCGUCGCUCCCCCAUCCCCCCUACAGAUGCCCAGGUCGAGGAUGACGAAGAUGCGGUUUCCGAGACGACCGACAGUAUGAUGCUCAUCCGCAUGACACGCCGUCACAAAGGCGAGGAGCUCCUGUCCGUCGAGCAGAAGCCUGGAGAUGAAGAGGAGGAGAUGGAGAAGAAGUAGAAGGAGACCGAGAAGGAAAUUGACAGAAAGAGAAGGGGAAGAAAUGUUGUGAUCACCCGCUACUCUUCUAUACUCUUCUGUGUGUAUUUUGACUGAGAUUUCAGACCGAAAUGGUAAAAGAAAAUAAAAAAAUAUUUCUCUAUUGCCGAGUUCACUUCAUGUCAGAAACUCUGGAUCUCCGAGUUAAUAUGAACGUAAGUUAUUUGCGUAGAGCUUUCUAUUGGUAGAUUCUGAUACUUCCCAAGUGGGAAACUCGAGUAUCAUCUUUCUAUAACGAGUAAGCAAGUCGGAAAUGUCUGAGUUUCCGACAUGACGUGAACACGGCAUAUGCCCCCCUUGGGUUAAGUUCACUUUACAGAGUUAUCCUGUCAUAUUCUGUGUGCCCCUUCUGUCCCUCACUCUCUCGUGGUCUCACUGAUGUUGUGUGUGUUAACUGCGUUUUAGUACCUUAAAGCGGCAAUUAGCAGUUGAAACAAUAACGAGUACUUCCCAUCUCUUUUUCGGUAACCACUGUCAAAUUCAUAGACAGAGCUAUGGAUGGAAGGAUUGACCAUCCAUGAUAUCAAACUGUAGUGUUAUGCAUGUUUUGAGGCUAUAUAGUGUUUGUUUACAUUUGUUUUGUUUAAAACAUUGAAGUAAGACAAGCUUGUUAUUUUGGGUUCUGAAAUGGUAUGACAGUUGAACUAAACUCAUGAGACAUAAGUUAUAUUCUUCAAGAAUUAGUGGGUACAUAUCCUUCAUUUAUAUGUACAAAACAAUUAUGUUGCAACUGCAGAUUGCCCCUUUAAUCCUUAUUGAUGCUUCAUAAUCCUAUAUAGCCUUGUUAUAAAACUCCAUUACCCAGGGGGCUUAGCUCCAGGUCUCCUACUGCUUCCUGCUUCGAAGUACUGCCACUCUCCCCAAGUACCUGUGACAGAGGCAAUAUGGCCUUAACCAAAACCUAGGCGUUGCUGGUUUCUAUAUUUCUUUAGCCAUUCCAUUUUAAAAGAGAGGCCAUUUUCUUUUGUAGUCUGUGUCACAAGAGUGAACACUGGUAUGUUUAGCAUUUAAUCUUUGGGAAAACAUCUGUGUUUCUCUUAUCUGAGGUAUAUGGGAAAACUUUUUUUUCUUUCGUAUUUGAACUCUUAAGAGUGAGUGGUCCUGUGUUGGUUUUCUUUGGUGCCGUGACACAUCACACUAGUCGAAAUCUGAUUGGCUGAUUCAGGGUCAUGCCAUGUAUCCUCCUGUCUGACACAAGAGGAGCACAAAUGGGUUUCAAUGAUUUUACUGAGUUACUGAGUUUGAGGUCAGAGAGAGUGUGUGUGUAAAAUGUGGAAAUUAGUGUGUAUGAGCAGGAAGAGGAGCAGAAAGCCAGAGGAAGUGUUCAUUGUGUCCGUCUCAACCAAACGGGGAAAGGCAGAAUAAAAAGGCGGGAAUAAAACAAUGCUGAGCAAGCCUCAGAACUAACCUCUGUCCAAUUCUGUGCUUACAUCUCAGGGUGCGAUGAAGUGUGUGCUUACUUGUGGUAGGAGUCACAUUUUAACUGAUAUUACAGUUAACUUUCCAACCCCUUCCCAUAGCUAUCAGUGACCUUAAGUCAGGCACAUAGUGGGUUGUCAUAGUGGGUUCUUUUUACACACCAGUGCAUACUUCAGCCAUAAAAAGAUGCCUAGGUGCUAAUAGAAGAUUUAGGACUAGAUUCAAUCCGUAUCGCAGAAGUAGGAUAUCAAGGAAGAUCAGCAUUAUAUGUUCCCGCAUUCGCCGAUACUAGAUUCAUGGUUAAACCAUGCACGUGUCGGCUCAAUCGAAAAUGACCUUUACAUUUUAACGUGGAUCUUCCUAGAUACUUCCGUGAUACGGAUUGAAUCCAGCCCUUAAGCGUAACGCUCAGGGAUUAUGCCCAUAUUUCAUGUUUUUACGAGACUGUUUUUAACGUGGAUAUAUAUCAGUCGACUGGACGUGCUUUUUUUGUGUCAUUUUCAACUGAGAAAAUAUCAUUUUGAACCAUUUUGGAAAUAAAAGCUUGUGAAUCCAAAGUCAAGCAUUUAUAGAUAUCUUGUUGUUGUUGUUUAGUGUUUAAAUGAUAUCUUUGGAACCAACAGCUGAAUAAAACUGGCUAUGUAAACUCCCUUGUUGGAUUCAGAUAGAUUUUGAUAAUUAAGAAGAAUGUUUUACAGAUGACAAUUUGCCUAGUAUUGUAAUAGGUAUGGUGAAAGCAUAUGUAUGCAGCUUGUAAACAAUAAAAAUACUGUGCUUACUGAAGAUUGUGUAAAGUGUAAGAGAGAGAGAGAGAGAGAGAGAGAGAGCCCACCUGCAUCCUAUGUCUGCCAGUUGCUAUAGGUCAGAACUGUGGUAAAAUAAAGGCAACAAAGUGAUCCCUUGAUAUACAUCUUUUAUGCUCUCAUGAUUUGCAUUAGAACCA